AUGAGAGAUGCUCAUCACCGCCAAGUCAGUAGUAGCAGCUCGAGCUCUGGCUUCGACGCUUCAGUCUUGCGCUUCAAUGAAGAACCAUUCGAACAACGUUAUGAAAUUGCGGAAGAACUCGGGAACGGACAAUUCGCGGUUGUUCGACGAGUGAUUAAUCGAUCGUCUGGUGAGCAGUUCGCAGCAAAAUUUAUCAAAAAACGACGCUACGCUACCUCUCGUCGUGGCGUUACACGUUGUAAUAUCGAACGAGAAAUUGAUGUGUUGCGAGCUGUCGGUGGAUAUGAAUAUACCAUUAAACUGUUUGAAGUGUACGAAACUUCUUCUGACGUCAUCCUGGUCUUGGAACUAGUGUCGGGAGGUGAAUUGUUCGACUAUGUCUCAGCUAAAGAGUGCCUUGGUGAAACUGAAGCAGCAGCUUUCAUUGAACAGAUUUUACUUGCUAUCAAACAUCUGCACGAUAAUCAUAUCGUUCAUCUGGAUAUUAAGCCAGAGAACGUAAUGCUCAGGAGGAGAGGCGAGUCUAAAAUUAAGCUCAUCGAUUUUGGUCUUUCAAGAAGGAUAUUGCCGGGAACCGUUGUUAAAGAUAUGAUAGGUACACCGGAAUUUGUGGCUCCCGAAGUGGUCAAUUAUGAACCCUUGUCUUCCGCCACCGAUAUGUGGGCAUUGGGCGUUGUCACCUAUAUUUUGUUAAGUGGUGGUUCACCGUUUCUUGGUGAAACGCGCGAUGAAACGUUUGUAAAUAUAUCAGCUGUAAAUUAUCACUUCAGCGAGCGUUAUUUUGAACAUAUUUCACCGUAUGCAAAAGAUUUCAUUAGUCGCCUUUUUGUUCGGGAUCAGCGUAAACGAGCCACGGUUGAUGAAUGUCUUGGACAUCCCUGGAUUCGAGGCCCCGAUGAAUUGGCUAAUGAUGUUCGCCAGUACUCGAUGAUUUCUAUGGCACAAAUACGUUCUUUCAAAAUACGUUUAAGAUGGAGGAGAGUUGUGGAUAUUGUAAUAGCCUGCAAUAAAAUGACCGCAGACGCACGAUCCGCCGUUCGAAAGGCUUUGGAAGCUGGUCGGUCGGUCAGUUCACGAUUCGAUCCUGAAGAACUAAUUGUCUCAGCAAUGCUGGUUGCAUGCGAGGAAGGUAAUUUGGCAGGACUUGAUCAAUUGGCUGUACUUCAUCGAAUCAAUUUGAAUAUCGCCAAUCGAAUGGGUGAGACAGCAAUACACGUAGCCGCAGGUGCAGGACAAUUUGACGUUGUGCAUUACUUGCAUAUGAAGGGUGCUGCACUGGAUGCAGCGGAUGGACGGGGUGACACUCCGCUGUUUUGGGCUACACGAAAUGGUCAUGCUAAUAUUGUGGGUUACAUUACCAACGAGGAAAGUGUCAACAUUAAUGCUGUCAAUAAGAAUAAAGAAAGUGUACUGCAUGUAGCAACUCGUUAUGCACAACUUGAAUCGGCGCUACUGUUAUUAGAACGUGGAAUUAACUCAUCGCUGCAGGACGAGCAUAGCGAGACAGCAUUGCACAUUGCAAGCUGGCAUGGAUAUGCAGCACUUCUCGAGAUAUUGUGCAGGUUUAACCCACCUGUUCAUCUCAAAAAUCAGGAUGGCGAGACGGCUUUGCAUUGUGCAGUGGCUCGUGGCCACGUGGAGUGUGUCCAGUCUUUGCUGGAUGCCGGAGCACCGGUAGAUGCUGUUGACCAGGUCGGACAAACAGCGCUACAUCUUGCCUUGAGACGUUCGCAUAUUGAUAUUGCAUUGCUUUUGAUAACAAAAGGUUGCAAAUUGGAUGUGCAGGAUGAGAAUGGUGACACGGCUCUGCACAUCGCCUCUCGCAUUGGACUUCUGUCGGCUGUUCAAACGCUUUGUCAUCUUGGUGCUGUCAUUGACGUUGUUAACCAGAAUUCAUUGACACCAUUGCAUAUCGCCGCCAAAGAAGGUCACAUUGAAAUUAUUCGCUGUUUAUGCUUAUUUGGUGCCAACGUUCUUCGAAAAAAUAAGGACGGACUUACAGCUGAAAUUAUUGCUCUAGCUCAAGAGCACACACAAAUUGGUACACUUUUAGCGAAAAUGAAAUUAGACCAGACACGUGAUGCUUACGUGGAGCAAUUAUGCCCGCUGGAAAUGCCUUUACGUCGAAUUAAACUGAAAGUAUUCGGACAUGCUGGUGUUGGUAAAACCCGAUUAAUAUGUUCCCUCCAGAGUGGCAGCGUGAUUGGAUCCAUAAUUGGGGCCGUCCAACGACGUUUUUCAGAUAAUCCAUCUCCUUCCUCCUCAACAACUGCAUCAAAUCCUUCACAAGACGAAGGGGUCAAUUCGUUUGAUGAUUCAGUGGAAUCGAAUAACAACAUGAAAAGUGGUCGAAGACGAGCCGUACCGCACUUGCAGUAUACUCGUGGAAUUGAUGUACAGAAUGUCACGUUGCAAGGAUGUGGUGAAUUUUCGGUAUGGGAAUUCGGUGGUUAUGAACCAUACCACAUGGCAUACGAUCAUUUCGUUGGCAAUACUGAUUGUGUUCACGUAAUUGUAUAUCGUUGUACGGAUCCAACGGAGAUACAGUACAAGCAAGUACUUUACUGGAUGAACUUUUUGAAAGGACGGGUUACCCCAAGUGAACCGAUUGGACAUUGCGGAAUCAUUUCCCGAAGAAGCAAGGUAGUAAUAGUUGGUAGUCAUGCGACGCCAGCACUUUUUCCGCUGCGGAAUAGCGAUGGUGAUUACGUUUCAUCGGAUGGUGAAGCAAUGCUGAAAACUGUUCGUUUACGUUUUGAAACGCACUUUGAUAUACACGAUCAACUCAUUCUACUCAACUCAACUCAGAAUAAUUGUCCAGGAAUGAAAUCACUCAAAAUAUAUCUUUCAAAAGCGCGCGAGUUUAUACUUUCGCGGUUGCAAAAGCCUUUGGGCUUAUUGGACACUACAGUACAAUACAUUUCUGGCGUGCGUAAGCAACACGCUUUCUUUCCGGUGAUAACGUGGCCACAUUUUACUACUUUGGUACGGAAUGAGGUGAAUUCACUGGCAGGUGAUAAUCACUGCAGGCAAUUAAUCCAGCAACUGCAGCUUAUUGGCGAGGUCGUUUAUCUGCGGGAUGAGGUAUCAGAACUGGAUUAUGUCGUAUUGUCACCAGAAUGGCUUGGUACCCAUGUGCUGGGUAAUCUCCUAUCCGCAGAAUUCUUGUCACAUUGUCGUAUAAAUGGUUGUUAUUCUAUCGACGACUUCGCACCAAUAUAUCCGGAAAUUGCGGACCCAGCAGAUUUAUUAAGGAUUUUGGACACAUUGCAACUGUGUGCGCCUACUGAUUCUGAUGGUGAAGCAGAAUUUGAAUUCCCAGCUUUUAAUGUGUUAGAUCCUCCAAAAGAUAUUUGGCAACGGGAUCGACCAACGUAUGUUUAUGGCGGAGUACGGGUUUUACCAAUGCGUGGAAUGGAGCGUUCACUUCAGAGUACCUUUCCGCGCAUACAGGUUGCGUUACGUCGGUCGAUGCAUGAUUUUCAGGAUCCGAUGGACGCAGAUCUGAUGCAAUGGAAUAGUUGCAGUAAAAUGAGCUCUGGCCAAAUGGAAGCAUUAGUUCGUUUACACGGUGAUGCGGUCGAAAUUCAAGUACGCGGUCCAUGUGAAAUAGCCACAUCAUGUUUUUAUUUCCUAGAAGAUAUAACGAAUCUUGUGGAACAAACAGCUCAGGAAGUAGCACCGGGCAUUUCGCUUGAACGACACUUUCUUUCUCCCAAGCACCUACGAGAACACUUUUCAAAUCCGGCAGUUUAUGCUCCGGAAACAAUUAUGGCUAUGCAGCAGGCGGAAUCAUUAACUAUUCGUAAUAAUCAGGAAGGUGAUGAGCUGUUCACAGAUGUUGUGUGUUUCGGAUCGCGCGAUGUAGCUGCUUUGCUAACGCUUGGUAUCGACGUUGGAGUUGCACAGCUUCAACUUGCAUCUCGUUGUGAACUAGCUGCUCUUUUGGAUCCAUCAGAUGCCAUGGGUAGAGAUUGGUCUAUCCUUGCGGUGAAAUUAAAUCUGACAGAUCAGCUGCCGGAAGUAGAUUCAACAGGACAAAGUCUCUCGAGAACCGAUCAACUCUUAGCGGAAUGGGCAUUGCAAUGCCCAGAAACAGCAACCGUUGGUCGAUUAUGUACUGUUCUCGAGGAACUUGGAAGACAGGAUGCUCGAGAUGCGCUUUAUAGGACUGUACCACUGUAUCUGUUUGCUCCGAUGGAUGAGCAACCUGUGGUACAUCUGACGGAAUACGGUGAUUCGGGUGUAGUUUCUUCAACGCAAUCGACUACUGAUCCACGCUCUGCCUCAACACUUUCACGAUAG